AUGGCGUCAAGAAAGAAACAACCUGCCAAAAAGAAGGAUGCCAUCCAUUUUGUCAAUGCCAGACCCUCCUCUGAGACCGAGCGAUUGAAAGCCCAGCGUCUGGUGCGUGCGCAUGUCGGACGCUGGAUUUCAGAAACAAAGGACCGAUCCGCAGGCGAAUCCUCCAAUCCGCGUGCUCGAGCUGCCCGCAAUGCCGUUCCCCCUAUACCCAUCAUUGACCGCGCCGGCCCCGGGCCCUCCUCUUAUGCCAUCGUUUCGCGUCCCUUAAGCUCCCAUCGCGGGAGCAAUCACGGUCAAAGCUUCUUUGCGCUCGACUCCCGCUCCAACCAGGCUGUAUACCGAGGCUCGCCGUUUCCGCCGUCUCACGCCAGCGAUAGCAGUGAUAGCAGUAGCAGCGACGAUGCGAGUUCCGUGACCGGAUUGUCCUCGGAGGCAUUCGCCGUCAUCCGGUUCAAUGAUCGCUCUUCUCCUGAGCGGCUUGAACGCAAUCUCUCUGGAGUCAUUGACCCAUUCGCCACAUACCCCGCCCCGAGGCACUUCGAGCCAGAUAUAAUCAACCUGUCAGAACGCUACCUCACAGGUGUUGUGUGGCCGGGACUCGCUCCACGACCAAAGAAUGUCAAAGCUGCGGCUAAUAAGUGGUUCGAUCUCUCCAUGGCGGACCCGGCUUUGUUUACAGCGUUCAUGUUUGGUUCGCUGUGUCACCUCCGUGUGCAAUGGCAGAAUAACUGGGUGCCGGGUACGGUAUUUGGUCCGAGGGAACGUCGCGCGCUGCAGCUGUGCGAAAUGGAAUCGAUCAAGCUGAUCAAUCAGGCUGUUCGCGACCCCGAUCGCGCGAUCAGCGACGCCGUCCUCCUCAGCGUCAUUUGCAUGGCUCAUCAUCAAGCAGAGGAGAAGUCGGCACAACAGCACCGCCGAACACCAUUUAAUCCGCCUUUCCCGCGACUACAAUGGAUCGAUGUCUACGGGUGUCUGCCACCGAAUAUGAUCCAUAUCAAAGGAUUGUUGCAAUUAAUCAAACUUCGAGGUGGCUUGGCAAAUAUCCCCACAGAGGGUCUGGCCGCGACAAUUUCUUUCUCGGAUAUCAUGAGUUGCAGCGUCCUCUGCAUCCAUCCAUGCUUUGAUUUCUGGCCCCUCGCCGAUAGCCGAUUAGGUUGGUCCAUCCAAGAACUGCUCGGCUUCAGCCCGUCAGACGUCGACCAGGGAUUCGCCCGUUUGCAGGAAAUUGGCGCCACCCGACAAAUGGCGGAAGCUUUUCAAGCGGUGCACACUUACAUCGGGAUCAUUAAAGCGAGCCCGAACUCAACCAAGGAUGUCCCUUUGCUCAACGACCAACGCAACAUAACCCAACAUACUCUCCUCUGUCUGUCUCCGGCCUCAGACCUUCACGCCUUCUUCUCGCAUCCCACGCAUGCCGCCACCUACGAAGCCUGCCGUCUAGCGGCACUAGUCUUCGGGCCUAGCUCCACAGACCUGUGGUCUUCGCCAUCCACACGUCUCCCUCUUAUCUGGGUCUUGACCCUCGGCGGUAUCGCAGCGAACGAUACCCCCGAGCGCCCCUGGUUCGCCUCCGCUCUAGGAGAUAUAACGCGCAGGACUGGCUUGAACUCAUGGGCCAGCGUCAAAGCCGUCCUCGCAUCCAUGUUAUGGUACGAUGCUGCCUGCGAUACCGCUGCGGAGACUCUCUGGCAGGAGAAUGCUAGCAGGUACAGCUAUGCCAGUCAGUGA